AUGUUGAGCUCAUUCACGCCUAUAAGCGCCACUGGCAAGCAUUUUAGCUCCAGCCUGAGUGCCUUUCGCCAAUUGCGGAAAGCUCGUCACUUCAUAGUGUUUCAAAACUCUCCCUCGCCCACAUCGCCGCGGGUUGACCUGGUCGGCUGCGUAGUAGGCCUUGUAUCAAUGCUAAGCCCAUUCAAAGUUGAUGAUAAAACACGCCCUGGCGCAGGAGCUCCUAUCGGAUUUCCUCCAGAAAUCUGUGACCAGAUUGUUGACUGCCUACAAGGCGAUGGUCCCACUCUGGCUGCGUGCGGUCUUGCAGGCCGCAUUCUUUGCCAUAGAAGUCGCUUCAACCUGUUCAGAUUAGUUGCCCUACGAGAGGCGGCUAUGUACGCUCUAUUCCUGAGCAUAUUAGACCGGUCCCCGCGGAUUGCAAACUACGUAACCUACUUGCACCUUACAAAGCCGGCUCCAAACGACGUCUCGGCACCUGUGAACUUGGAAGGUGGCCUGCUCCGCAUUGUCGCAAAGUGUUACAAGGUCACGGCCCUGGUUCUCUCGGAGUGGAACUCUUCCGAUUUCGUGCCCGACGCACACAUUCAAAUGUGGAGUUUCCCUGAUAUCAAGUUCCUCUUUUUGAUAGGCAUUGAGAUCGAUGAGGCAAGCUUCUUCCAGCUCCUUCAUAUCGUACCAACUCUAACGCGCCUACAUAUCCUUCUACCUGCUGGAAGUCCUCCCUAUCCCCGGACGUCACAUCACUCGGCUCACGGCGUUUCCUCUUCGCGUAUUGUUCCGAUACUUGCCAGGUGCUCUCUGCGGCUGCGUCCACGAAAACUUCAGCUUGUGUUCGACACGGGUACUGAAGGCUCCCUCGCAAAUGUAGUGGAUCUUCUCCGCGAAGCUGGCCCGUCGCUGGAGCGCCUAGACAUGUUCGUGAUGCAGCGCCGGACGCUCGAAUUCUUCGAGCCGGGCACGUUGCUUGCUAGUAAUACCGGACUUCGCGUCCUGCAUAUGAGGGAUUCUGCCAUAAGAGUCCCGCAUGCCGAAGGGGAAGAGGCCUCAUUCUUGUCGCGAAUCAUACCUUUGCACUGGAUGGCCCGUACAAUCGCGCUCACCGUGCGCAUACUCGGGACCUCAUCGGACUGGCUCGACACCGCUGCGGACUCAUUGCAGCUGGACUGGUCGGUGUUGGAUGCCGAGCUGGCGCGCGCGGCCGACUAUCAUCCAGGCGUGGAGAUCGGCAUAUCCGCCCGCUAUCCAGAAGACCUGGAUGAGUGGGCGGAUGUCAUGGAAAAGGUCGUCUUGAUGCGCCUUCCCCUUAUGCGCCAGAAGAGAUGCCGCUUGCGUGUUACUUGUUUUCGAGACUGGGCCGUCUUCGAUGAAGGACUAGGGGGGUAUGCCGCUGGCCCAUGCCAUACCACAUGGCAUGAAUGUCCUUUGGCCGCACAGAUGAAUCCUCCAGUGGUCCAGGUGAGCCUGAAGAAGAUCGCUUGUGAUGAGCUGGGAUAUCUGGUGUUAUACUAA